UGGUUAAUCCUUGUCCUGGAGAACAAGAAAUUCUGUGGAAGAGAUGACUUAAUAAACUCAAAAGAGCUGCUGAUGGACAGAACAGCACACAGGACUCAUGGGAGAUGAAACCAAGGCAGAUCCAUGCCCACAGCAGCAAUGCAUAAAACCAGGUACAAACCCUACAGAAGGCAGCUAAAGGCAUGUUGUUCAUAGAAAGUGCAGUGCCUCAUCACUGAUGGAUACACUGACAGCCAAGGCUCAGUCAGUACCCGGGAAAUAAUCACUGCUGUGAAUCUGCUGCUCUGUCCCAGAGGGAAAGGUGAAUGCUUGAGACCUAGCAAGGACUGACACAAGCUGAAGCAAGCACUUCAACUGAGCCUCUGUACUUUGUAAAGAGAGAUUUCUUUUAAAGGUGGUUAUUAAGGCAGUGCAAGGUAAUAAAAGCAAGCAACUCUUUCCACAAAUUCUUGAGGUACUUCCUCAUAUCCUUGUUACACUUUGUAAAGCAAAAAAUCCCGAAAUGUCGAAGCAUUCAGGGGUGGUGAAUGCACCCCACACUGGUGGGAUGCCAAAGGGCACAGAUCCCGGGGUGCCUUGCCCUGGGCGUGCCGGUUCACCCUGGCAGGAAUCGAGGCCAGCAGCAGCAGCGAUGCACCCGUGAUGCUCUGUUGCCCAACCAGCGCUGCCUCCCAGCAUUGCACAGACUUGUCGCUCCUACCGGCACCUGUGGGAUGCAACGAGCCUGCCUUACAAUGACCCCAUUGAUGCUGCAAGGCCUCUUGGAAAACUGGCUCUUAAGGUGCGUGCCAGCCUUACCCCAGGAGGCAUCCUCCACGUGGAGGAGGGGAUGGUGAAAGCCGCACGCGGGGAUGCCGGAUGCGAAAUCAGGCACUGUGAAACAAAGCACAUUACAGAAAGGUGAAACAAAGAUGUGUCCGUGAUACUUGUUUUCCACAUAUUCAGAUCUGAAAGAGGAAAUUCCAAUGAAUUGCUCCAAUUGUGUCAGCGUUACUUGGUAUCUGGGUACCGGUACAGGACUAUAAUUAAAUGUUGCCCUUCAGAGGAUAAAUCAUGCAGGAAUUUAAGGGUAAAAUUAAUUAUAAAGUGGAAGUUCUUCAGUGAUGCUGCUUUUUAAGGCAUCUGUAAGCCCACACACAGAAACAGGUUGCUAAUAAUUGCAAUUCCUUCCUUUACUCAUUAUGAUCCCUGAAAGAGCAGACAAUAAAAUCCUUAAUAAGGGGGAUCAGCACAAAUUAAGGAAGCAACAAAAACAGUCAUGCGGCAUCAAAAAAGACACCAUCUACAUGGCAUGACUCAUUAGAGGGGAAAAAAGGGGACUUAGAAAAAGAUUCCAACUGUAUCAUGAACCACUUGCUGUGGAGGACAUCCUUCUAAAUGCUACUUUCACACCGAGCUUUAUUACUUUAUCUUGCCAACUCUCAUACCACUUAGGUAAUUAAUAAGUGGUGCUGACACACAAUUCUGUAGCAACACACUGCCUUUUUUCACUUCAGUAUCUCCAUGCCACUGUAAACCUAAGAAAAUGAUCUGAAAAUAAGGAGUAUUAUUAGUUAGUACCAGAUCUAUUGCAGCCCCCUGAAUGAAUGUCUUCACUCCGUAGAACUGUAUUCUGAACACAGAGUUGUGGAAUAUGGAAUUCUGCAGUGUCCAGUAUAUCUGCAUUCUGCAGUAUAUCUUCUACAGCUACCUCUCUUCAAUAUUAGUAUCAAUAACUGCUUAUAAAACAGAGAAACUAGUUACCAGCUGGUGCAGUGCAGCUCAGUGUCAAUUCUCGGAUUCCUUUCAAUGUGAGAUAGGCUUAUCAGUGCCACAAUAAACUGGGUAUCGAUGUGCCUUUAUGGAGAGCGGUAAGGCAGGGAAAGAUGAUUUCUCCUUUAAAAGGAAAAGGAGUAAACCAUCAUUGCUCUCAGCAGCUUGUUGAGAUGAAACACACUUCACAUUUUAGGCAAAUGCGUGCAGUAGGGAUUUGGUGGAUGGGAUCACUCGCUCACCUGAUGGUGGGAUGUAACUGCUGAAUGAGGUCUUGCCUAAUAUAGCAACAGAGUGCGUGGGUUUCAACAGCAUGCUUGAAAGGAAUUUUUUAAAAAGUAGCUGUUGGCUGCUCUUUCAAGGAUCUUAUAACUGAUAGAGAUGUUGCUUCCAGGAACUGCCUGGACUGUGGUGCUGCUGGGCUGUGGUGAGCCAGGGGCUGGAGGGGAAACAUGGCAAACACAUCCCCUGAGCUCAAGAACAUUGUGGCCAGCCCAGGUGCCAGAUGAGGUGCUGGCAUUCCUGGUACCUGUGCUGUAACCUAAUAAGCCAUUUCUGCCCCUAGCUCCGGAGUUCCCUGGCAGCUGCUGAGGGUCACUUCAGAAAUGCCAGGAAGUGGGAGAUUUGCCCAGCAAGUUUCCAGCUGCCCACCCUGGGGUGUUUCCCAACCCUUGGUUUAGGCACAGGUGCUGUUCAUAGCAAUGCAAUGGCCCAGUGGUCCCUUGUGUGCUUGGGCAGCUGGCUCUGCGUCUGCAGGGCCUCUUUCCAUUUCAAAGAAUCCAGGAUGGAUGCUUUGAAAGCAAGCAGAGGCAGCGGUCCCGAGGUUGUGCCGUAGGCAUCCACAGCCCCGGGAAGUCAGCGCAUGGGCUAGACUGCUCAGAGGGCUCGAGUAAUUUUACGGCCCCAGGUACUAUUUGCAGUGCUACUUGCUGGAACCAGGGACACCUAAUGUACCCGGGCACCAGCCGACGGCCGGAGUGGGCAGAGCUGCCCCCUGCUCCGGGCAAACGGCUGGGACAAGCCGGGCCGGGGGUGCUGUCGCUGCCCACGGUCGGGGCAUGGCCCGCGGGCAGAGCAGGGGGCGGCCGAGGGCGGGGGGCAGGAAGCGUGGAGGCCGAGCCGAGCGGCUGCCCCGGCCGGGCGGUGUCAGCGGUGUCACUGCAGCGGGCUCCGCCUCUCCGUAGGCACAUAAAAGUGCUGCCGGCCGGCCGGGCGAUUGCACAGCGCUGCGCCGCUCCUGCCGCCGCCGCCGCCUCCUUUCCUGCCGCCUCCUUCCCUGCCGCCUCCUCUGCUCCCCGGGCACCGAGGGCGAUGGACGCCGGCUGCCUGUGGGCCCGCAGCCUGCUGCUCUUCCUCGGUUACCUAUUGCAAGCAGUCCUGGGCACAACAGUGAUCCCAUUAUGUGGGCCUGGUGAAAUGGAGAACUGCACAACAGCACUCAUCCAGACAGAGAACAGCCCACGUGUGGCCCAAGUUGGGAUAACACGAUGCAAGCCUGAAAUGAAGGACUACUGCUUCCAUGGGCAGUGUGUGUACAUCGUGGACUUGGAUGAGCACUACUGCAGGUGUGACGUGGGUUUCUCGGGGGUGCGCUGCGUGCACUCGGAGCUGGUGCGGCAGCCCCUCAGCAAGGAGUACGUGGCGCUGACCGUCAUCGUGGUCCUGCUCUUCCUCGCUGCCCUCUCCCUCGCCGCCUACUACGUCUGCAGAAGGUACCGCAGCAAGAGGAGACAGACAAACGCCAGUGAAUACAAGGAAGUUGGUGCCCUAUAGGAGAAGCUGUGGCUUCCUGCAGUGUUCAGUUCAUCUGGAUGGACUCAGCGCCUACACGUCUAUUUAAAUGUUAUUUUUGUUAAUAAUAUUUACAAUAUUUAUAACCUUUAAAAAAUUUCAAUUGUUUGGUGAUUCAAUAAGCAUAGGUCAAGCAUUUUAUGUUCAGUAUUUUAUUUUUUUAUUAAAUAAUAUUUCCUAAAGGGAAUCCCACCUAGGUGGUUCUUUGGGAUAGAGAUAUAUUUUUAUAAAAACUCAUCUUCUUGCUCUGGAGAGAAGAAUUUUAUAUUUAUUCUUGUGAAUAUACUCAAAGCAAUUGUAUUCCUUGAAAUAAAACUUCUAGACAAA